AUGGCCAGCGGCAAACGUCACAGUAUGAUCACUCUACUAACGUUGUUAUUGUUAUUAGGGAUGGUGGUGCUUGACAGAGUUGCUUCACAGAACUAUGGCGAUGCAUUGUCCAAGUGCCUUUUAUUCUUCGAAGGGCAGAGGUCAGGAAAGCUUCCACCGAACCAAAGAAUGAAUUGGAGAAAGGACUCUGCUCUUCGUGAUGGUUUUGACGUUGGUAUGAAUCUAGUAGGUGGUUAUUACGAUGCCGGUGACAACGUGAAAUUUAAUUUUCCAAUGGCAUUCUCAACAACAAUGCUAGCUUGGAGCGUAAUCGAAUUUGGCCAAUUGAUGGGCUCAGACCUGCAAUAUGCACUGGAUUCCAUUCGUUGGGGCACAGACUACUUGCUCAAGGCCACGAAGUUCCCUGGCAAAGUCACGGCCGCCGUUGGUGAUCCAAACGCGGAUCAUAAUUGCUGGCAAAGGCCCGAAGACAUGGACACUUCAAGAACCAGUUACGUAGUUAAUCAAACCCACCCUGGCUCUGAAGUAUCAGCCGAGACUGCAGCUGCACUUGCGGCAUCUUCCUUGGUUUUCAAGUCCGCUGACAAGAAAUACUCUAUAGUACUUGUCAAUAGGGCAAAGCAGGUCUUUGACUUCGCGGAUAUGUUUCGGGGAACCUAUAAGGACAGUGUUGGCCGAGGAGUGUGUCCAUUCUAUUGUGAUUACGAUGGCUAUGAGGACGAACUGAUAUGGGGAGCAGCAUGGUUGUUUAAGGCGACAAACGAACGGAAGUACUGGGACUAUCUUCAAAGGAACGUUCUAUAUCUGCCAAAGAAAGUCACAAGGCUUGUAGAUGGUCAGUUACAAGCUAGUGCUAGCUUUGCUGAAUUUGGAUGGGAUGCGAAGUACGCCGGUAUAAAUGUUCUUGUUUCCGGGUGGGUAAUGAACUCCAGCAAUUCCAAUCCCUAUGUUCUCGAAGCGGGGAAAUUUGUAUGUACUCUGUUGCCAGAAUCGCCUUCCAAAUCUGUUACGUAUUCUCCAGGUGGGCUUUUGUUCAGACCUGGUGGAAGCAACAUGCAACAUGCCACAUCUCUGUCCUUUCUUCUGGUUGUUUACGCUCAAUAUCUUAAAAAACACAAUGGAGCAGUUCCUUGUGGUAAUGUUAAUGCGGAACCAUCUAGGCUCGAGCAAAUUGCAAAAGGCCAGGUGGAUUAUAUACUGGGAAAGAACCCACUGAGUAUGUCAUACAUGGUGGGAUUUGGCCAGAAGUUCCCUCAGAGAAUACAUCAUCGGGCCGCUUCUCUACCAUCCAUUGGUAAGCAUCCAGAGCACAUCAAAUGCAAGGAUGGAACCCCUUACUUCCAAACCGAAAAUCCAAAUCAGAACUUGCUUACAGGAGCUAUUGUUGGAGGACCUGAUGAGAAGGAUCAGUUUCCUGAUAACCGGAUGAAUGCUCCACAAUCAGAGCCAACUACCUACAUUAAUGCGCCUUUUGUUGGGGUCCUGGCCUAUUUCAAAGCAUUUCCAAACCCUCAAGCUGUGUAG